GGAAAUGAGGCAAGUUAUCCUUUGGAAAUGUGCUCACACUUUGAUGCUGAUGAAAUUAAAAGGCUAGGAAAGCGAUUUAAGAAACUUGAUUUGGACAAUUCUGGCUCUUUGAGUGUGGAAGAGUUCAUGUCUCUGCCUGAGUUACAACAGAAUCCUCUAGUACAGCGAGUAAUAGAUAUAUUUGACACAGAUGGGAAUGGAGAAGUAGACUUUAAAGAAUUCAUUGAGGGAGUGUCUCAGUUCAGUGUCAAAGGAGAUAAGGAGCAGAAGUUGAGGUUUGCUUUCCGCAUCUACGACAUGGAUAAAGAUGGCUAUAUUUCCAAUGGAGAGCUCUUCCAGGUGUUGAAGAUGAUGGUGGGGAACAAUCUGAAAGAUACACAGUUACAACAGAUUGUAGACAAAACCAUAAUAAAUGCAGAUAAGGAUGGAGAUGGAAGAAUAUCCUUUGAAGAAUUCUGUGCUGUUGUAGGUGGCCUAGAUAUCCACAAAAAGAUGGUGGUAGAUGUGUGACUCUUUGAAAAGUACCACCCAACACUUUUGCUUUCUUCUCCAUCUCUGAAGAUCUGCUCAAGACGUCCAGCAAUGCUCUCUGUGUAUUUAAAUGGAAGUAUUUUUCUCUGUGAAGCCACAUUUUCCAACAUGAGCCUCAUGAAGCCAACUAAGUGUUAUUGAACUCUUGCUCUCUCAAUAACUCAGUGUAGCACUUUAAAGUCUGAAGGGACAGCAACAUGAAAAGAGCAUAUCAAUGUGGUGGAGAAAGGGAAGGGGUUGGCUUUUUAAUUUAUUUUUCUUCAUCUUUUAUAACAAGAAAGUAUCUAUAUAUACAUAUGUAAAUAUUUAUAUAUAGAUAUAUGUAGCUUUCUAUAUAUGUAGUAGGUUGGCUUUAAUUUAAUAUACUUGAUUCAGAAACAAAACAAUAGAGUACAAAAGUGCCAAGCAGAACAUACAACAUCCUUACUUUUAUUUCACACAGUUUUAUAUGUAGAUAGAAGAUUGUACAAUUUGAGCAGGGUGUUAGGCCAGCUAUUUUCCUGUGCUUUCUCCUUUGAGAGAUUGACAAAGCAUUUGUUAAUGUCCUAUUAUUUACCUUAAUUACAUUUUUUUAGACAGAGGGGUCUGUAAUUUUAUUUAUACUGAUGAAUAUAUUUCCAGGGACUAUGAAUCAUUGCUGAGCAGCUUUUAAUCCAUCUCUGCCUGAGAAGAAAGUAUAGUUGAAUGCUGCUGCCAAGAGCUGGCUGUAUUCCUAUAGUACCUGCACAGUGCUAUGGCUGCUUCGUUUUGUUACUCUGUAACUAGGAGCCAUUAACAUUUAUUAAAUGUCCCUGAGUAAGUGUAAUUUACCAGUCCUGAUUUUAUGCAUAAAGGCCAGAAGCAAUCAUGAUUUCUCUUAUUGCAUUACUUAAUGAAGGAAACCUGAAGCAAUCAUGUAACUACUUAGGACAUUGUUUGUUUCAUUAUACAUAGGUAAAUAAUUUGUCAUUAAACUCGUGUUUGAACUAUGAAUUUCCCUUGUGUCUCAAAAGACUUGGAGCUUACAUAAAAAACUUGGGCUAUUUAAUGUGCAUGUAUGUGUCUAAACAUCCACAUACACUUGUGACUUAAAUGAGAGAAAUCUUGCUAAUCUACAUUGUAGAAGAGCAAAAUUUUAUCCAAAUUUAUACUUUUUUAAAUACAAGGCAUAGAAUGCAUUUUUUUGUUUGCCCAAUAAUUGGUAAUGGAUGAUAAUGCAAUAAAUUUGUGUGAUAUAAAAGUAGUAAAUCAUGUUCCACCACUUGCUGUUACCCUUCCCUUUUCUGCAAAGGUACUAUAUUGGCUGGAAGAAAAACACUUUGGUUAGCUUUAUAUGACAGUAAUCUUCCCCUCUAUAGUUUUCUGAACAAGUGGUUUUAGAACCAUGAGUAGUAGGGCAGGUGGAGUCCAGGGGACUGAGUCUUGAGUGGGGCACCCUCUCCUGCCACUGCUGCUCCUUCAGCUGAGUGCUGCACAUCAUGGGCUCUGUCUGUGAGAGAAAUCCCGGUGCUUGGUGUCCUUGCAUGACAUGGAGUUUUGCAUGUAGAUCGAUUUAAAAUGUACCUCUUGUUUACAUAAUUUGCAUAAUUUUAAAAGAUAAUGUUGCCAAACUUUGGAAAUGUUAAUGUUCAAACUGAAUCUCCACUACAUGUAACUUUCUUCCUCUGGAUCAGGACGUGGCUUACAUCCCAGCUGUGGUUUGAUCUGUUCCAGUGUCAACUGCCAUGUGCUCUGCUUCAAGGGGGAACUAGUCUUUUGUGAAUUUUUUGUAUAUAAUUAUUUGUUACAAAUAUUUUAGCAAAUGCUUUCUAUUUCUCUUGCUUGUGCAUAUCCUGGCUGGCGUUUCAGAAAAAUAGUGCAAACAAUAUUUCCUUACUGGGGAAUGAGGGUUUUUCCUUUUUUCUUUUUUUUGUGUGGGGGUGGAGAGGGAGGGGGUGGUUUAUGUUGAAUGUUUAGUUUUUCUUCUGCAUGAUACGUCAUGUUGUGGGAUCCUUAGAAAACUUCAUACUGUAUGAAUAAGAAAAUAAAAUAUUUGAAACUUCCUUGAA